AUGCCGGCCACCGUUGGAGGCCGGGACGCUCGCCUGCUGGCCGACACCGGCGCCGCGGCCACGUUCGUGUCACGGGCUUUUGUUGACAGGCACGGACUGGUCGAGGAGCCGCUCGGCAAGCCGACGAGCGUCGAGGACGUGCACGGGAACAAGUCGUUGGUCACCACGAUGACGACCCAAACCCUGCGCAUUGGCGAGGCGAGGCUUGGCAGCCUCCCGCUCCUGGUGGCCGAUAUCGCUGGUUUCGAUGUCGUCCUCGGGUUCCCUAUGCUCCAGUCGCUCAGCCCACGUGUCGACUGGAGACAGGGCACUUUGGAAUUCACCAAGGGCCUCUCCCGCGGAGAGCGGAGACGCGCCAAGCACAACGGGCGAGAACGGGCCACGCCGAGGAAGAGAGAGGAGGAGCCGGAGCCACCCGACAUCGCUGGCAUUCCAGCAGAGUACCGCGACUUCGCCGACGUCUUCAGCGAGAAGGAGGCGGACCGCCUGCCACCUCACGGCGAACGCGACCUCAAGAUCGAGCUCGAGGAGGGUGCCAAGCCGCCUCAAGGGCCCCUGUACCCUAAGGGCCCUCGGGAGCUGCAGGAGCUACGGCGCUACCUCGACGAGAUGCUUGGCAAGGGCUUCAUCCGCCCGUCGCGCAGCCCAGCGCGGUCGCCCGUCCUCUACGUGCCCAAGAAGGACGGCAGCCUCUGCCUCUGCGUCGACUACCGCGGUCUCAACAAGAUCACGGUCAAGAACCGCACGCCGCUGCCCCUCAUCGACAAGAUGCUUGGCCUGCUUCGCCGCGCAAAGGUCUACACCAAGCUGGACCUGCGCGCGGCGUACAACCUGAUCCGCAUCGCUGCCGGUGAUGAAUGGAAGACGGCAUUUGGCACUGACUUUGGCCUGUUCGAGUAUCUGGUGAUGCCUUUUGGCCUUGCCAAUGCUCCAGGGCAUUUCCAGACAGUGGUCAACACCAUCUUCAGGGACAUCCUGGGGGUGUACGUCGUCAUCUACCUCGAUGAUUUCUUCAUCUUCAGUGAUAACCCGGCUGACCACACCAAGCACGUCCGCGAGGUGCUGCGGCGUCUUCGAGAGCAUCGCCUGUUCUGCAAGCUCUCCAAGUGCCAGUUCAACACCACCGAGGCGGAUUUCCUUGGCUACAUUGUCACGCCAACGGGCCUCUCCAUGGAAGCGGAGAAGACCAAGGCCAUCGCGGAGUGGCCAGAGCCCCGGUCCAUCCACGACAUCCAGCGUUUCCGCAAGUUCGAGCUGCCUGAGGCGGCCAAGACGGCGUUCGCCAACCUCAAGAAGGCGUUUUCCUCGGCGCCCAUCCUUCGGCAUUUCGACUACGACCUGCCGACGAGGGUGGAGACCGACGCCAGCGACAACGCCAUCGCUGGGAUCCUGAAGCAGGAGCACGACGGCCUCUGGCACCCCGUUGCUUUCUACUCCAGGAAGAUGACAAGCGCCGAGGCCAACUACGAGAUCCACGAUAAGGAGCUCCUAGCGGUCGUCGCCUCGCUCCGCCACUGGUACCAGUUCCUGGCAGGACUGCCCAGCCGCUUCGGAGUGCUCACCGACCACGAUGCGCUCAAGUACUUCGCCACGCAGCGGUGGAUCUCGCGGCGCCAAGCUCGAUGGGCGCUGCACCUGGCCGACUUCGACUUUGAGAUCCACAAGACGCGCCAAGGCGCGCGCCAGCCUCGACGAUGUCCUUCAACUGGCGAGCCGUUCCACGCUCGCUGA